AUGGAGUACGGCAAGUCCGGCCAGCUCAGCGAAGAUGGCAUCCAUGUCGAUAUGGACAGACUAAAGAAGGGCGAGGUCAACAUGGCGAUCACAUUCAAAGACGGUGUCAUUCUGGGCGCCGACUCCCGUACGACGACUGGCGCCUACAUUGCCAACCGUGUUACCGACAAGCUCACGCGCGUGGCCGAUACGAUCUGGUGCUGCCGCUCCGGUUCGGCCGCCGACACGCAGGCCGUUGCCGACAUUGUGCAGUACCAGCUUGGCCUCUUUGCCAUGCUCAACAAGCAGCCGCCCACCACGCAGACGGCUGCGUCCAUCUUCCAGGAGGUGUGCUAUGCCAACAAGGAUGCACUGAGCGCGGGGCUCAUUAUUGCUGGCUGGGACGAGCGGUACGGCGGCCAAGUGUACUCGAUCCCAUUGGGCGGGUCGCUGCACAAGCAGGCGUAUGCAAUUGGUGGAUCCGGCUCGACGUACAUCUACGGCUACUGCGACGCCAACUGGCGCGAGGGCAUGGACGAGGCCGACGCAGUGUCGUUUGUCAAGGGCGCGCUGCAGGAGGCGAUCAAGUGGGACGGCAGCUCAGGUGGUGUCAUCCGAAUGGUGGUGCUGACGGCGGCCGGUGCGGACCGGCACUUGUACUUGCCGGACACAAACUACACGGUGCGGCAUCAAUAG